AUGUCCGCCGCUGCCCGUCGAACCGCUGAUCGCGACAAGCUCAAGCAUGUCGUGACCGUCAUGCUCAACAAUGUCGAGACCAACUGGGAAUCUCACGAUGUCAUGCUUGCCCUCACUCACUUUGGAGUCGAUACUUUCUCAGACCUCAUGAUGAUGGAAUGCAAAGACAUUGAGUCUCUGGUGGUUCCAGCCGAUGGAGCCGCUGCAGAACGCCCUCUCAGAUUCAGUCAACGGCGACAACUCCUUGCUGUGAUUUGCUGCUUCUGUCGAGAGCAAACCAAAUCCAUCAACGUCACAUCAAUCAGUUUCGCUAACUUCCAACGAUUCUGCAUCGGACGAUGGGAUCCAUCAGCGGAAGUGGUUCCGUGGCUCACGACAUGA